GUGCUGGCACUGGCCCAGCGGCCGCCCCCCGCCGGGGCUAUAAGAGGCCGCAGGGUCCGGCCGUGCCAGCGCCACCAUGGCACUGUCACCGUCACCGUCACCCACACGGGCCCUGCUCCUCACCCUGCUCUGUGCCACCUCAGGGCUGGGAGCCCCAGGGGGGGGCUGUGGGCUGCCCCCCUCCGCCUGGUGCCAGAGCUGGGAGUCGGCGCUGCGCUGCGGGGCCCUGGGGCGCUGCGCCCUGGCCUGGGUGCCCCCCGACACGGACGUGUGCACCGACUGCCAGCAGAUCGUCACCCUCCUCAUCCGCAUGGCCAAUGAGUCAGCCACCAAGGUGGCCGUGGAGGGGUUCCUGCGGCAGGAGUGCGCAGCGCUGCCCGUCCCCACCAUGGUGACACCGUGCCAGAACCUGGUGCACCAGUACCUCAGCCUGCUCCUCACCGACAUUGAGGGCCACCUCAAGCCCUCAGCUGUCUGUGCCCGCCUGGAGCUGUGCCCGGGGCAGCCAGGGGGGGACCCGGCCCUGUCCCCCCUGGGGACACUCAGCACUCGCCUGCAGGUGUCCUCCCUGCCCGUGCCCAUGCCGCUGUGCUGGCUGUGCCGCACGUUCCUGUCCCGCGCCGAGGCCGCUGUCCCCACGGAGCGCGUGGUGGCGGUGGCGGUGAGGCUGUGCCGGGUGCUGCCGGUGGCGCUGGCCGGUGCGUGCCAGUGCCUGGCCGGGCGCUACGCGGCGCUGGCGGUGGAGGGGCUGCUGGGCCGCGUGGCGCCGCGGCUGCUGUGCCACCUGCUGCUGGCCUGUCGCGAAGGGGACGGCCCCGCGGCACCCCCCGAGCUGGCACCUCCCCGGCGGCACCGCAAGGUCACCGCGGCCGCGCUGGCCGGUUGUGCUGGCAGUGAGGACCCACGCCAAGGCCACCCCGUCCCCGCACUGUCCCCAAACUGGGGACCCUGUGCCCUGGGCCCAACCUACUGGUGCUCCAGCCCUGUGGCCGCACGCCGCUGCCAGGCCCUGCAGCACUGCCAGGAGCACGUCUGGCUGUAGGGGACAACGAGGACCCCCCUGCCCCCCAAUAAAGCUUGGAAGCUGCCCUGC